AUGCUGUCCACGGACAUCCGCCGCAAGUCCGUCUGUUGUGAAGCAUUCUGGAGACAGCAAACCCUCAAAGCAGCCUACACCACCUCGGACGCGAAGCAAUCCAUCAACGUCGCCGCUGCUGUCCUCGUGGAUGAGAUCAUCGACCAUAUCAAGCACUUCGCUGACCCCAAGCACCUCGACUCGUUGCUCACUGGCGUGCGGAAGAUAGUAAAACUAGCGGCCGAGACGUGGCGCCAUGCACGAGUUGAGCGAGAACUCGUGCUGGCUGGGUUUGCCGGCCCGGGGGCAGAAGAUGUCUCGAACGAGGACUGGCUAGAGUAUGGGCCAGCAGCACCAGCAGCAGCAGGAGAAGAAGAGGGGAAAUGUUGGGACUCCGGCCCUCGGAAACAUAAUCCUACUGGCCCUACUCGCCGUGUGGUGCUGCAGACUUUUCCUCGUAUCCUGCGCGAGGCGGCCCACGAAGACCUCACCGAUGGCGAGGAGCGUGCGAACCCCUGCAUUUACUCGCCCGGGAUCGUUCUUUACUCUGACUCGCCUGUCAUCCAGGCCCGCCUGGAGGAAUUGGUAACCAUGUCUGCCGAAGGAUCUAACAUCGAGAUGUCUCAGAUCGACAGCCCGAGGGAAAUAGACGAUUCUGGCGACAAGAAACUUAUACUGGGGAAUAUCACAUUGAGUGUUCCGUCGCCACCUGUGACCCCGGGCGCAAAGGGACUGGUGAGAGCAUAG